UGAACCCUGAACUCUGGCAGCUGUUUUUGGCUACCUUCUGUCAUGUGACUAUAAUAAUUUGUAUGAAACCAGUGAAAAAAGGUUUGAAACCAGUGAAAAAGAAAGCAGGCAAAGGAAGAAUUACACGAAGUGUUCUGGCCAAAUGUUUAAAGCUAGUAAAACUACGUUUGGAGAGGAAGAAAGCACGCAAAGGAAGAAUUAAAAAAAGAGUUCCACACAAAUGUAUGAAGCCAAUGCAUGAAGGUUUGUUGAGAAAAAAACAUUCCCAAGGAAGAAACAAACAAAGUAGUCUAUCCAAAUGUAUUAAGCCUGUGAAAGAAGGUUUGAAACCAGUGAAAAAGAAAGCAGGCAAAGGAAGAAUUAAACAAUGUGGUCUGUCUAAAUGUAUAAAGCAAGUAAAAUUAAAGAAGAAAAAAAAGAAAACAUGCAAAGGAAGAAUGAAACAAAGUGUUCCAUCCAAAUAUAUGAAGCCAGUGAAUGAGAUUUCUAUCACAAUGUUCCCUUUCCAUCAAAAAGAAAUUCAAGAAAGUGGCCCACCCAAACACAUGAAGCCUAUGAAUGAAAUUUCUAAAAAGCUUCCUUUCCAUCAAGAAGAAAUACAACAAAGUGGACCAUCCCAAUGUAUGACGCAAAUUAAUGAAACUUCACAAACCUCUUCAAUGCAUCCAAAAGAAAUUCAAGAAAGUGGUCUACCCAAAGAUGUAAAGCCAUUGAAAGAAAUUUCUGAACAGUCUCCUUUCCAACAAGAAGAAAUUCAACAAAGUGGCCCCUCCGAAAGUAUGAAGCCAAUAAAUGAAACUUCAAACAUCUUUUCGAUGCAUCCAAAAGAAAUUCAAGAAAGUGGUCCACCCAAAGAUAAGAAACCAUUGAGGGAAUUUUCUAAAAAGUUUCCUUUCCGUCAAGAGGGAAUUCAACAAAGUGGUCCUGCCAAACGUAUGAAGCCAAUAAAUGAAACUGAAAAAACAUUUUCAAUGCCUGCAAAAGAAAUUCCAGAAAGUGGUCCACCCAAAGAUGUAAAGCCAGUGAAAGAAAUUUCUGAACAGUCUCCUUUCCAACAAGAAGAAAUUCAACAAAGUGGUCCCUCCGAACGUAUGAAGCGAAUAAAUGAAACUUCAAAAACAAUUUCAAUGCAUGCAAAAGAAAUUCCAGAAUGUGGUCCACCCAAAGAUAAGAAACCAUUGAGGGAAUUUUCUAAAAAGUUUCCUUUCCAUCAAGAAGGAAUUCAACAAAGUGGUCCUGCCAAACGUAUGAAGCCAAUAAAUGAAACUUCAAACAUCUUUUCGAUGCAUCCAACAGAAAUUCAAGAAAGUGGUCCACCCAAAGAUAAGAAACCAUUGAGGGAAUUUUCUAAAAAGUUUCCUUUCCAUCAAGAAGGAAUUCAACAAAGUGGUCCUGCCAAACGUAUGAAGCCAAUAAAUGAAACUUCAAACAUCUUUUCGAUGCAUCCAACAGAAAUUCAAGAAAGUGGUCCACCCAAAGAUAAGACACCAUUGAGGGAAUUUUCUAAAAAGUUUCCUUUCCAUCAAGAGGGAAUUCAACAAAGUGGUCCUGCCAAACGUAUGAAGCCAAUAAAUGAAACUGAAAAAAAAUUUUCAAUGCACGCAAAAGAAAUUCCAGAAAGUGGUCCACCCAAAGAUAAGAAAACAUUCAGGGAAUUUUCUAAAAAGUUUCCUUUCCAUCAAGAAGGAAUUGAACAAAGUGGUCCUGCCAAACGUAUGAAGCCAAUAAAUGAAACUUCAAACAUCUUUUCGAUGCAUCCAACAGAAAUUCAAGAAAGUGGUCCACCCAAAGAUAAGAAACCAUUGAGGGAAUUUUCUAAAAAGUUUCCUUUCCAUCAAGAGGGAAUUCAACAAAGUGGUCCUGCCAAACGUAUGAAGCCAAUAAAUGAAACUGCAAAAACAAUUUCAAUGCAUGCAAAAGAAAUUCCAGAAAGUGGUCCACCCAAAGAUGUAAAGCCACUGAAAGGAAUUUCUGAACAGUCUCCUUUCCAACAAGAAGAAAUUCAACAAAGUGGUCCCUCCGAACGUGUGAAUCCAUUUAGUAAAAUUUUACAAACCUUUUCAAAGCUUCUAAAAGAUAUGCAAGAAAGUGGUCCACCCAAAGAUAAGAAACCAUUGAGGGAAUUUUCUAAAAAGUUUCCUUUCCAUCAAGAAGGAAUUCAACAAAGUGGUUCUGCCAAACGUAUGAAGCCAAUAAAUGAAACUUCAAAAACAAUUUCAAUGCAUGCCAAAGAAAUUCCAGAAUGUGGUCCACCCAAAGAUAAGAAACCAUUGAGGGAAUUUUCUAAAAAGUUUCCUUUCCAUCAAGAAGGAAUUCAACAAAGUGGUUCUGCCAAACGUAUGAAGCCAAUAAAUGAAACUUCAAAAACAAUUUCAAUGCAUGCCAAAGAAAUUCCAGAAUGUGGUCCACCCAAAGAUGUAAAGCCAUUGAAAGAAAUUUCUGAACAGUCUCCUUUCCAACAAGAAGAAAUUCAACAAAGUGGUCCCUCCGAACGUAUGAAGCGAAUAAAUGAAACUUCAAAAACAAUUUCAAUGCAUGCAAAAGAAAUUCCAGAAUGUGGUCCACCCAAAGAUAAGAAACCAUUGAGGGAAUUUUCUAAAAAGUUUCCUUUCCAUCAAGAAGGAAUUCAACAAAGUGGUCCCUCCGAACUUGACAGUGUCAUGUAUGUAUUUAAAAAUACAUGA